AUGUACACGUCUCAAGACCACCCGUUCACGAAAAACAUCAUCCGGGUCCCACUUCCUGACAAGUACAAGUUGCCUUCCAUUCCGCUAUACGACGGAAGGAGUGACCCGGACGACCACUUGGAGGUGUACACAGGACACAUGGUCCUGCAUGGAUACCCCGAGGAGUUCAUAGGUGUCAAGGAAUACAUCCCACCAAAACAGAACCUGUCGAGGGUAUACCAGGGACCUAACGAGUCCCUGAAGGACUGGAUAGUCCGGUUUGGGGAACAGGUCGCCGCCACUGAGGGAAUCUCCAAUGAAGUGGCCUUGAUGGGGGCGCUGUCCAGCAUGAAGAAGGACAUCCCCUACAGCACAGACCUCGACCGGAGGCCGCCCCACACCUAUCAGGAAUUCCUGACAAGGGCGCAGGGGUUCAUUAACGCCGAGGAGGCAAAAAAGGCCCUGAAGAGCAAGGCGGCAACCCCCGCCAAGGAGGAGGUGGUACAGGCGAGCAGUCAGAAUAACGGCAAGAAGCGCCGAAGUCCUCCUCAGGUGCAAGCCGAGCAAAGGUACAACCUGGCUCCGAGCAAUAAGGGCGGUAACGCCUCGACGAGCCAGGGAGAAACCAAGCGGCCAAAGCCACAAUGGAACCAGAACAAAUACUGCCGGUUCCACGGCGAGAGUGGUCACACCACGACCCAGAGCUAUGACCUGAGAGAUGAGGUCGAGAGGUUGAUCCGAGAGGGGAGGCUCGGCGAAUACCGAGCCGACCGUCGGAACAACAAUCGGCGCAACAACGAUCGACGGGACGAGCAGAGGCACGAUAACCCGCCCGAACCAGUUAGCGUUAUAAGAACAAUCUUCGGGGGACCAUACCUCGGCGAUACAUCUCGACGCGCACAGAAGGAAUACGCUCGAGAGGCGAAGGAGAAGUUCAGCCAAAGGAUCAUGAACGUCUCUGGACGCGAGGCUAAGGCCGCGCGAUAUGAAGACGCCGAGAUCACUUUCUCGGAAGUCGACGCGAGGGGGGUACAUUUCCCCCAGAGCGAUGCCUUGGUUGUCGAGGCCAUGAUCGGUAACCAUACGGUUUGCCGCAUCCUGGUCGACAAUGGCAAUUCCGUGGACAUCUUGUACGCGAACUGCGUUGACAAGAUGGGGAUUCCCCGCUCACGGCUGCAGAACAGUGCCCAACCUCUGUACGGGUUCACGGGGGACAACGUCAUCCCGGAAGGGGCUAUCGAGCUGCCUAUGACCAUUGGAGACCGACCACACACUUCAACCGUUAUGUCAAAGUUCCUGGUAGUGAAGGGAGACGACCAAUACAAUGCGGUCAUAGGACGUCCGACACUAAGGGCCUUGCGGGCGGUAACAUCUAUCUAUCACCAGGUGAUGAAGUUCCCUACGCCAAAUGGGAUCGGCAAGGCCAGAGAAAACUAG